CAGAACCGUGGUGUGUGCACCCCGCUCGUUGAACCCUACAUCAAGCGCGCCCGAUAGAAACGUCAGAUGUAGUCGAACCUGAGCGCAUCUCAAUCACUUCUGGAAACGAAAGACUGUCGGCACGGAACGAGCAUCGCAUAUACACGAGUCCACUGAGGAACUGAAUACUGUUGAAAUUCAGCUUUUCUGACCCCUCUCCGGAGGUGGCUCAGUAAGUAAUCAUGGCAUCCAUUUCGACGCUGGUUGCUCGAGGACUUGGUUCCCAAGAGCCUCCCCCAAUCGAGACGAAGGUGGACAGCAAUCCGACUCUACUUAUGAGCUGGUGGGCAACUGGCUUCUCACUAGUUAUCAUUAUUGUCCGGGUAUGCGGUCGCUAUGUCCGGACAGAACGCUUUUUCCGUGAAGACAAAGUCAUGAUGGCCAGUAUCAUACCGCUCUUGAUACGGAUGGCCUUUGUGCAUGUGGUCUUGAUCUGGGGAACCAACAAUACGCAGACGGAGGGCCUGUCAGAAACCGAUAUUCGACAUCGCGAGAUAGGUAGUAGAUUAGUCCUUCUAGCGAGGAUAUUUUAUGCUAUCUUCAUCUGGACGGCAAAGUACACCGUCUGUGAAUUCCUUUCCAGAGUGACAGGGAUAGCCUGGAGAAGAUCCAUCCAAUUGAUACUCCGCUUUCUGUACUACUUCCUCGCUACCACAUUGCUUGCCGUUAUCAUCGCGACGCUGGCGGAAUGCCAACCGUUCGACCACUACUGGCAGGUGGUCCCUGAUCCAGGUCCCAAGUGCCGGUCAGGCUAUGCCAAUCUGAUCACUAUGGGGACGUGCGACGUGAUCACGGAUGUUCUCCUUGUUACCUUUCCUAUCCCGCUCGUCUUGACGACCUCGAUGCCUCUCAAACGCAAAAUUGCUCUUGUUCUCCUCUUUGCCCUGUCGAUGCUGUUGGUUGCCAUCACAUGUUACAGGGUCCCUACAGUCAUCCACUACCACGGUUCGCAGCAGCAUCGUUCCCUUAUAGCCUCACUGGAGAUACUCGCUGCCACGGCCGUAUCAAACGCCGUUGUCAUCGGCUCUUUCAUCCGGGACCGUGGUAUCAAAAAGCCCAAGUUCAAGCAGCCAUACGGUUCGGUUUCUGCGAGUGAUAUGGACCGUAGCUCUGUGCGACGGCCGACCUUCACACAUCACCAAUGGGGCAGCGACACUGACCUGGCCGGCGAGCUGGGUUUCCGUCUCCAUACAGACAUGCAGGACCCUGAAUUCAAGUCGCUACGUCCUGCGCCGCUCCUUUCACCCAGGUCCCCUGCGCGCACCGGAUCGAUCGACCCGAACUGGUCAUUUAGCCGCAACUCUACAGGGACGGAAGAUGAUCGAAUCUCUGCGACCGACAGUUUGGGAGGCCAGAAUAUCAGCCCGCAUGAAUAUAUCGAAACAAACAAGACCCCGCACGACUCUGCUGGUAAGAUGUCACCUCGAAAGGUCUCCUUUUUUGAUGUUGGUGGUCUGCUCGAUGAGCCUGUCUCGCCCACCGCGCCGGCCGCGGCCUCCAGAGUUCUGCCGGAUCGAGUCCCAUCCGCCCCCGACAACAAAUACCGUCGCGGAAGCAGAGCUUUUCUUGAGGAUGUAGGAGGGCUUCUCUCUACAGGCCCCGGGCUUCGCAUCAAGAACAUCUCCCGGACACGAUCGAGAACACGGUCUACCUCCCCCAAUAGCAGUCGCCCUGGAUUUCGACGCAGCUCUACUUCCCCCAAUCCUAUUCCUCCAUAUCGAGCAGAACAGGAGGUCAGCGGGCCUGCAAUGCGAGGAAGCAUCAUGGAGCUGCAGGACGCCGGUGGCCUUCUCUCUCAGCAUCGUAACGCGGGGCCUGAGAUGCGCGAGUACGGGAUGGAACUCCAGGAUCCUGGAGGCCUGCUCUCCCGCGAUGCCCAUGCUGAAGACGGUCGGUGAUUGCGCAGCAACAGCUGAGAUAUGGAGUUUGUUUUUUCUGAUACCCUGCCCCGAUAAUGUCUGGUUUAUAAGGAUUUAUGUGGUUAGCGAUGGCGUUGGGGGCUGGAUACUGCCACGGCACUG